AAUGAAACGUAUACGUAUUUUUCUCAAAUACACGUAUUUUAUUAAUGUUGAUGACUUCCGACGCUUAUAAAUACCUCAUUCUCUGCAUUGCUUAUUAGACAUCAAAUUAAAGAAAGCACAGUACACAAUGUCAACUUCUCUGCGUGAAAACUCUUCAAUCUGGUUUUUCCUUCCAAUCGCUACCUUAAUCAUCUUCUUUUUACGGACUGUCAUCAAAUGCAGUCAUAAUUUCAAUUCUGCAAUGGCCAGAAAAACCUUACCACCAUCUCCUCCAAAGCUUCCAAUAAUAGGAAAUCUCCACCAACUUGGCACUCUCACUCACCGCACUCUCCAUUCCUUUGCUCAAACCUAUGGCCCUUUAAUGUUACUUCACUUUGGAAAGGUGCCAGUUCUUGUUGUCUCAACGGCCGAGGCAGCUCGUGAGGUUAUGAAAACCCAUGACCUUGUUUUCUCCAAUAGACCACAUCGUAAGAUGUUUGAUAUCUUCUUGUACGAUUCCAAAGAUGUGGCAUCUGCUCCAUAUGGCAACUACUGGAGGCAGAUAAGGAGUAUUUGUGUCUUGCAUCUUCUCAGUGCAAAAAAGGUUCAAUCCUUCGGUGCAGUGAGAGAAGAGGAAAUCUCCAUAAUGAUGGAUAAGAUUAAGCAGUGUUGUUGUUCUGUGACGCCUGUGAAUUUAACUGAUUUAUUUUCUACCGUCACAAAUGACAUAGUGUGCAGAGCUGCUAUCGGAAGGAGAUACAGCAGAGGAGAAGGGAGUAAGUUUUGGGAGCCAAUGAAUGAGAUGAUGAAACUGUUGGGUGCUCCAGUUAUAGGGGAUUGUAUACCUUGGCUUGAUUGGGUAGGAAGAGUUAAUGGAAUGUAUGGUAGGGCAAAGAGAUUGGCUAAACAGCUUGAUGAAUUUUUUGAUGAAGUUGUUGAUGAGCAUGUAAGUAGAAGAGGGCAUGAUGUGCAUGGUGAUGAUGACGACGAACAUAAUGAUUUGGUGGACAUUUUGCUGAGGAUCCAAAAGACAAACGCCUUGGAUUUCCAGAUUGAUAAAACAGUCAUAAAGGCUAUAAUCCUGGUACGUAAGAUUCAUACAAUGUGAUAUCUAUCUCAUAAAAUCUUUACUUUUCUUAAACAUCAUUUAGUUCAAUCCUUAAUAUCAAAGAUGAUCUGAGAAAAGACUAGAACUAAGAGAGAUUUCACAAAUCAAAUAAGGACUAAAGCAAAGGAUUGGUGAAAGUCUUAAGAUAAGCUGUGGGAUUACCUAUCUUAAAAAUCAAUCUAGAGGUUUAUUCAUUAAUUUUGUAUUUCCAACAUUCAUAAAAUAUUAGAAAUAACCUCUUUAAUUGAU